UUCACUUACCAUUCAAAACCAACCACACUCUAUGACGCCUCUUUUCCUUACUAUAGUCCUUGCCACUGUCCUCUUCUGCCUCCUCUUCCUCUUCUCUCUCCGCCGCAACCACCGCCUCCCACCAGGCCCAAAUCCAUGGCCUAUAGUCGGAAACCUCCCUCACAUGGGCACCAAGCCCCAUCAAACUCUAGCCGCCAUGGUAACCACUUACGGACCGAUACUCCACCUCCGAUUAGGGUUCGUGGACGUCGUGGUCGCCGCCUCUAAAUCCGUGGCCGAGCAGUUCUUGAAAACCCACGACGCCAACUUCGCUAGCCGACCACCUAACUCCGGAGCCAAACAUAUGGCCUACAACUACCAAGAUCUUGUCUUUGCGCCCUACGGACAACGAUGGAGAAUGUUGAGAAAAAUCAGUUCUGUUCAUCUCUUUUCAGCUAAAGCUCUCGAAGAUUUCAAACAUAUUCGACAGGAAGAGGUUGGAACGCUCUCGGGGGAGCUAGCACGUGUAGGCACGAAAGCCGUGAAUUUAGGGCAGUUGGUGAACAUGUGUGUUAUCAACUCACUCGGACGAGAAAUGAUCGGACGGCGACUGUUCGGCCCCGACGCCGAUCACAAAGCCGAAGAGUUUCGAUCGAUGGUGACGGAGAUGAUGGCUCUUGCCGGAGUCUUUAACAUCGGAGAUUUCGUGCCGUCACUCGACUGGUUGGAUUUACAAGGCGUCGCUGGUAAAAUGAAACGGCUCCACAAGAGAUUUGACGCUUUUCUAUCCUCGAUUCUGGAGGAGCACGAGAUGAACGGUCAAGAUCAAAAGCAUACGGAUAUGCUUAGCACUCUAAUCUCGCUUAAAGGAACUGAUUUUGACGGUGAUGGAGGAAGCUUAACGGAUACUGAGAUUAAAGCAUUGCUCUUGAACAUGUUCGCAGCUGGAACUGACACGUCCGCAAGUACGGUUGACUGGGCUAUAGCUGAACUUAUCCGUCACCCGGAUAUAAUGACCAAAGCCCAAGAAGAACUUGAUUCCGUAGUGGGCCGUGACAGGCUCGUUAACGAGUCAGACAUUUCUCAGCUUCCUUACCUUCAGGCGGUUAUCAAAGAGAAUUUUAGGCUACAUCCGCCAACACCACUCUCGUUACCACACAUCGCAUCAGAGAGCUGUGAGAUCAACGGUUACCAUAUCCCGAAAGGAUCCACUCUUUUGACCAACAUAUGGGCCAUAGCCCGUGACCCGGAUCAAUGGUCCGACCCGUUAGCGUUCAAACCCGAGAGAUUUUUACCCGGUGGUGAAAAAUCCGGCGUCGAUGUGAAAGGAAGCGAUUUCGAGCUUAUACCGUUUGGAGCCGGGAGAAGAAUCUGUGCUGGUUUAAGUUUAGGGUUACGUACGAUUCAGAUACUAACGGCGACGUUGGUUCACGGAUUCGAAUGGGAAUUGGCCGGAGGAGUUACGCCGGAGAAGCUGAAUAUGGAAGAGAAGUAUGGGCUUACUCUGCAAAGAGCGGUUCCUUUGGUGGUGCAUCCUAAGCCAAGGUUGGCUCCGAAUGUUUAUGGACUAAGAUCGGGAUAAAAAUCUAAGUUUGCUUCUCCGACAAGGCAUAGGGCUUAAUUUGAUCCGGAGUAAGCUUUUAUGUAAGAAUGUGUAACGCUAAACCAAGUAAUCAAAUAGUAUUGUGAGUUUUUUUUUUCUUUUUCUUUGAACAAAGUAUUGUGAGUUCUUAAUAAUGUUUGUUUUGGGAACAAAUUUUAACACUAUUUUUUUUUA